UAGAGAAGGAGUGAGAGAGAGAGAGAGAGCGGUAAAACAGGCUAGGUUAUUACUCACUUAGCACUGCCUGAUGUUACAUAUGUGAUGCAAAUGAAGAUGGAGACAUGUUAGGAAACAAAAGCUAAUGCUCUAAUGGAACAAAAGAUUGGACUAAACUACUGAAAUCCAUUUUCUGCCUGCGUUUUAACGGAGAAUAACAAAGCCGGCACCUGGUAGGUCAUCCUUUUACUGAAUAUACUCCGACAUUUCUGGAAUGAGGGACUACAUUUGUACCAGUUGUUCUGACACUGCUUCACUUCCUUCAAAAACAGAAAUAAGGAAGGAAUUUGAAUGAAGGACAGGACACAGGCUCAGUCGGCUACUGAUCACGCGUUCAGGGAGCCAGAUUACGGACAAAAUCAUCUCGAUUAAUGAAGCUGAUGACAGACAUGGUGACAUAGUGGUGUUUGAUAUGGAGGAGACCAACUCUUUGAACAUGUCUUUUUUUUUAUUCGCAAUGUUUUUAUACACGGACAUAAACUGAUGGUGUCGAUGGAAGGAAUCUGAUAUUUGACUCAAUUUUUGCCUUUGUACCCCUUUGUUUGUUGGUUUAUUUGUUGAUUUUCGUGGGUGUGGGGGGGUCAUCCCCACGAUGCUGGGUGCUGGCUGCGUGCGACGUCUCCUCCGCCAGCUCACUCUCCAGACCAUCUUUCUCCUCCUCUUCCUCUUGUGCACGCUCAGCGUCUUCAUUUCUGCCUAUUUCCUGUAUGGCGUCAAAAGGGGGUUCGAACCUUCCGCUGGAGCCGCGCCAGAGGACUGCAAUGAUGAUGUCACGCCAUCCCGGCUCCUGCCACUCCAGGGUGAAGUGGGCAGAGAUGCGGCGGCAGAUGGCAGCCAGACCGACCCGGUAGUUCUCGUGUUUGUCGAGAGUCAGUACUCCCAGCUAGGUCAAGACAUCGUGGCCGUGCUGGAGUCGGCCCGAUUCCGGUACCACACCGAGAUCUCUCCGGGAAAAGGAGACAUGCCUACGCUGACGGAGCGCGACCGGGGCCGCUUCGCUCUCAUCAUCUAUGAAAACGUCCUGAAAUACGUCAACAUGGAUGCCUGGAACAGGGAGCUGCUGGAUAAAUACUGUGUGGAGUAUGGAGUGGGAAUUAUCGGCUUCUUCAAGGCGAAUGAGAACAGUCUCCUGAGUGCCCAGCUAAAAGGUUUCCCUCUGUUCCUGCACUCGAAUUUGGGUCUAAAGGACUGCACCGUCAACCCUAAAUCCCCCCUCCUGCACAUCACCCGCGCCCACGAGGUGGUCAGAGGUCCUCUGCCCGGUGAUAACUGGACCGUGUUCCAGUCCAACCACUCCACAUAUGAGCCGGUACUAUUAGCCAAGACCCAGUCAGCAGAGAGCAUGGGGCUGCGUGCCGUCCUCCACACCUCCGUGGUUCAGGACCUCGGCCUCCACGACGGCAUCCAGCGCGUGCUUUUUGGCCACGGCCUGGCCUUCUGGCUACACAAGCUGGUGUUUGUGGACGCUGUGGCCUUCCUCACAUCUAAGAGACUCUCACUGUCCCUGGACAGAUAUGUGCUGGUUGAUAUUGAUGACAUCUUUGUAGGAAAAGAGGGCACCAGGAUGAAGGUGGCUGAUGUAGAGGCACUGAUACAGAUGCAGAACGAGCUGCGGAAGUCAAUCCCAAAUUUCACCUUUAACCUUGGCUUCUCAGGGAAAUUUUACCAUGCAGGUACAGAUGAGGAGGAUCUGGGUGAUGACCUGUUGUUAUCAAACGUUAACCAGUUCUGGUGGUUUCCACACAUGUGGAGUCACAUGCAGCCUCACCGCUUUCAUAACCACAGCGUAUUAGCAGAACAGAUGCUCCUGAACAGACGCUUCGCUGAGGAGCACUCUAUCCCCACACACCUGGGUUAUGCAGUGGCUCCUCAUCAUUCAGGCGUCUACCCCAUUCACGUGCAGCUCUACGAUGCCUGGAAGAAAGUGUGGGGCAUCCGAGUGACCAGCACAGAGGAGUAUCCUCAUCUCAAACCGGCCCGCCAUCGCCGCGGCUUCAUCCACAGCGGCAUCAGCGUGCUGCCGAGGCAGACUUGUGGUCUGUUCACUCACACUAUCUUCUAUAAAGAUUACCCAGGAGGCCCUCAUGAGCUGGACAAGCUCAUCGACGGAGGGGAACUCUUCCUCACUGUAUUACUCAACCCAAUUAGUAUCUUCAUGACUCAUCUUUCUAAUUACGGAAAUGACCGUCUGGGGCUGUAUACUUUUAAGAAGCUGCUGCAUUUCCUGCAGACUUGGACUCACCUGCGGCUGCAGACACUGCCUCCUGUUCAGCUGGCUCACAAAUACUUCAGCCUCUUCCCCUCGGACAGAGAGCCACUCUGGCAGAACCCUUGUGAGGAUAGGAGACACAAGGAUAUCUGGUCUAAAGAGAAAACAUGUGAUCGCUUCCCUAAGCUGCUGGUGAUUGGGCCGCAGAAGACAGGGACAACCGCUCUGUAUCUGUUCUUGGGCUUGCACCCUGACCUCAUCGGCAACUAUCCCAGCAAAGAGACAUUUGAGGAGAUCCAGUUCUUCAAUGGCCACAACUACCACAGAGGAAUAGACUGGUACAUGGAGUAUUUCCCCCUGCCCUCCAAUACCAGCUCGGAUUACUACUUUGAGAAGUGCGCUAACUACUUUGACUCUGAAUUAGCAGCAGCCAGAGCAGCAGCUCUCCUGCCUAAAGCUAAAAUCAUUACCGUUCUCAUCAGUCCUGCAGAAAGAGCCUACGCCUGGUACCAGCAUCAGAGGGCACAUGAUGAUCCAGUGGCGAUGAAAUACUCUUUUCACGAUGUCAUCACUGCACCCCAUGAUGCUCCUGCAAAGCUGCGUGUCCUACAAAGCCGCUGUCUGGUGCCAGGGUUGUAUGCCAUUCACCUCGAGCGCUGGCUUGCACAUUACCACCACAAUCAGAUUUUGGUUGUGGAUGGGCAGAUGCUGAAAACUGAACCAGCAUUAGUCAUGGAUAAAGUCCAGAAGUUUCUUGGACUCUUGAAUACCGUGAACUACCACAAGAUCCUGGCGUUUGAUCCUAAAAAAGGUUUCUGGUGUCAACUCCUAGAUGGAGGAAAGACGACGUGUCUGGGAAAAAGUAAAGGAAAGAAAUACUCAGAUAUGAAGUUAGAGUCUCAGAUGUUUCUCAGAGAAUACUACAGAGAUCAUAACAUCGAGCUGUCAAAGCUGCUGUACAGGAUGGGCCAGCCUUUACCCACUUGGCUCAAAGAUGAGCUUCUUAACACGAGGUAGCUUUGAGCUACGUUCGUCCAAUCUGUCUGAGAAUGAUCCAUUCGCCAGCACUGCUCAUUGGUCUGAAGUGGAAUAAACCAUCGAUAUUAUCAUGAGUGGAGGAAGUGAUGUCUCAGUGGAGUUUCCCUGUUGCUUUCAGAAUAUAAAGUGGUUUGUAAUCCUGUGGUUUGUAAAAUAUAACAUCUCUACUUCUGCUUAUUAAUACCCCCAUGGGGUAGAAUGUCAUGUCACUGACUCGUUGGAAGAGGAAAUGGUACAUCCUCUCACUACAUCAUGACAGAUCUAAACGUGUCAUGCUUGAUAUGGUAUUUAGCACUGGCUUAUUUCACUUCUUCUUGAUAAGAGGAUUCAAAAACAUGAGAUGUGAUGAGAUCAGCCAUGUCAAGAGACCAGGAACUUGAUUUUUCCUGGUCUACAAAGACCAAAUGCAUUGACAAUGAACGUAUGGAUGAACUGCCGUUUCUUCACCUCAGGACUUCUUUGUUUUGGGGCCAUAUGAGCAAAAGUGUGUAUUUUAAAAGUGCCAGAAAUUAAAGGCUGUACCGGGGCUUUGUACAGUGGAACUACAUUACGCUCUUUAUAUGUAUAUGAACUAAUUACAAAGCCCUUAUUCAGCAUGACUCUGACACAGUGCCACAGCGGCCAUCAACACUAAACGAAUGUGUCUUAAUUAAUUGCAAAACCUGACAGGUAUUGAUUUUUCUUUAUAUAUAAUUGUUAAUGAGGUAAUGAUUUCCCAGACCUACAGUAAUUUCAUGCCAUUUGUCUACACAUCGUAUCCUGACUCAUCACCAAGCUUAAUACAGCUCUAACAGGUUAUAUUUCCUCAGGCUGGGUGUACACUGCUCCUGCUCUGCUAAUUGAUCUGGAAAUACUGUAUAUGAAUAUUGAAUGUGGGGAAUGAUAUUAUAUUAAAUUCAACUGAAUUAUUUAUGUGGUGUCAGAUAAGACAUAAAAUUUAUCUUGGUUUCAUGUGAGAAUUGUUAAAAACAGAUAAAUAUUGUUUUGUGAAGAAAUAUUGUUUUGUAAGAAAUUUGAUUUUCAUCCCAACCCCUACAUCAUUCAUCCCAGCCAAGGGUUCUAACAAGACCAAAAUAUCAGUGUAGUGGCACCAGUCAUAACAAUCGGGGGUUCGGGGGCUGCCUUAGACCCCCAAAAGCUCAUGGGUUCUACAUGCUCGGCUCAGAGAUGCAUUCCAGUGCAUUUCCUGGCACUUGCAGGCCUCCCUGAGAGUCACACUUUUUUGGUAAUAUUAAUGAGAUUUUUUUUUUUAUUUUUUGCCAAAAGUUGCUGUGAUUGUUUUUGACUGAAGACUUAUCAUAAUCAAUAUUCAACUACAACCCUGAUUCCAAAAAAGUUGGGACAAAGUACAAAUUGUAAAUAAAAACGGAAUGCAAUAAUUUACAAAUCUCAAAAACUGAUAUUGUACGUAUUCACAAUAGAACAUAGACAACAUAUCAAAUGUCGAAAGUGAGACAUUUUGAAAUUUCAUGCCAAAUAUUGGCUCAUUUGAAAUUUCAUGACAGCAACACAUCUCAAAAAAGUUGGGACGGGGCAAUAAGAGGCUGGAAAAGUUAAAGGUACAAAAAAGGAACAGCUGGAGGACCAAAUUGCAAC